GAAAAAAUAAAUGCCCAAUAGAGUGAGGGGGGAAAAAGUUAGAAACUAGAGAUAUAAACGACGUCGGUUAUCUCACUCAUGGGACAAGUGUUGACGGGGACAAUUAGGAUCUGACCUUAGGGUUUAUGUCAUCAAAGACGAGGGCAUUUCAAACCCGAUCCAACACAAUCAAAGGCAAGUCAUCUUCGAACAAUUUAUUGAUUCGUCAAUGUUUAAUUCGGUUUACAGAGUUCUUCUUCAUGGGAUUGGUAGGUCCUCCAUUUCACAAAACCCUAGGUCCCGUAUUGUUCAACUCAGCUCAUUUGCAUCAGCAGCAGCAAACAAAUCAAAACCCAGAUCAAGAAAUGAAAAUCAAGAAAAUUUUACUGUUAAUUACCUUAUCAACACAUGUGGGUUUUCACCAGAAAAGGCUCUUUCAGCCUCAAAGUACGUUCAUUUUGAUUCUACAGAAAAACCCGAUUUGGUUAUUGCGUUGUUGAAGAGUCAUGGUUUCACGACAGAGCAAAUUGAACUUAUGGUGAAAAGGUUCCCUUCAAUCUUAUUAUGUGAUCCUGAGAAGACUGUUUUGCCAAAAAUCGAGUUUUUUCGGUCGUCAGGCAUGUCGGAGAGGGACGUAUUGAGUAUUUUCUGUGGGACGCCUAACAUUUUCAAGAUGAGUUUGGAGAAACAAAUAAUACCAUCUUAUAAUUAUAUAAAGAGUUUGUUCGAAUCGAAUGGGAAAAGCUUUGUUUCAAUGAAACGCUUAGCGGAGAUCUUCUGUUGUGAUCUUCAAUCUCGGUUGUUGCCUAAUAUCGAAGUUCUAAGAGAGGCGGGAGUCCCUGAAUCGAAAAUUGUGGUAUUGCUGCAAUACCAGCCUAGGGUACUGAUGGUAGGAAGAGAGAGGUUCAGAAAGGUUGUCGAGGAAGUUAAGGAACUGGGUAUUAGACCUUCGUGCUUGAGCUUUAUUCUAGCAGUUCAGGCAUUUAGGGCGAUGAAUAAAUCGACUUGGGAGAAGAAGGUUGCGCUUUAUAAGAAGUGGGGGUGGUCGGAAGACGAGAUUAUCUUGGCGUUCAAGAAGCAUCCUUAUUGCAUGAUGAUUUCCGCAGAUAAAAUUACCGCGGUGAUGGAUUUUCUUAUAAAUAAGAUGGGGUUUGAAUCUUCCGUUGUGUUGCAUAGGCCUGCACUACUUUCAUAUAGCUUAGAGAAAAGGAUAAUCCCAAGAUGUUCUGUUUAUAAAGUUUUGUUGGAGAACGGUUUGAUCGAUAAAGGCAAACUUUUGGUCUUGCUAGUGGAAAAAACAGAACAGAAGUUCUUACAGAGAUUUGUGCAGCGCUACGAGGGGGAAGCUCCCGGACUCUUGAACCUGUAUGAGAAAGAAUUGGCUCUUUCUAGGAGUUAGAGAAUGAAACUAAUUUACUGGUUAUGUUAACUGACAUUGAAGACAUUCUUUUUGAACAUGACAAGUUGAAGUAGAAAGUUACUGAUUUUGGUACUCGAUGAUUCAUUUCAUGUCUUCAAGCUCUCAAUCUAUAACUUGUUAAGCUCUUUUGCUGUUUAAAUCUAUUGUUGUUGUAAUGAAAGGUUCUGCUCUUGCAAUCUUUCUUGCUCACUCCAUUGUAAUCAAAUUUAUCUUACAAAGCUUGCAAGCACGUGAGAUA